UUCACCACUUGCCAAUUAUUUACCGCAUUUGGUUCCAUCUCAAGUAGCUACAGCUCAUUUUUCAACUUGUUCUAUCACGUGA